AUGGACGCUGUCACGAAGACGGGAGACGAGACCUCCCAACACCGAACCGAAGAUGUCGAACAGGUGAAGCAUCAGGGUCAGAACAACGCCAGGGGUGCCGACCGCGCCGCAAACCUGAUUGGCGAUCAACACAUCGAGCUCACGGAAGAGGAUAAUAAGCGCAUCCGCCGGAAAACCGACAAGCGAAUUCUCACAAUCCUCGUCUGGGUCUACUUCCUCCAGAUUCUCGACAAAUCAGUCCUCGGAUAUGGCGCCAUCUUCGGUUUGAGGCAAGACUGCAACCUCACCGGCGACCAGUACUCGAUGGUCAGCUCGAUUUCCGCCAUUGCACAGCUGGCGUGGCAGCCUUUCUCCUCGUGGCUCAUCGUCAAGGUCCCACACCGAAUCCUCAUGCCUUCUCUCGUUUUCGGAUGGGGUGUUGCACAGAUCUGCAUGGCUGCUUGCCACAACUACGGAGGACUCCUGGCCACGAGAUUCCUGCUGGGUCUAUUCGAGGCAGGUUGCUUGCCGUUGUUCUCGGUCAUCACUUCGCAGUGGUACCGUCGCGCGGAGCAACCCAUGCGCGUAGCUUGUUGGUACGGCACGAACGGGCUCGCGACGAUGUUCGCCGCCGCUGUUUCGUACGGACUGGGCCAGAUCAACGGCUCGAUCCACUCGUGGCAGAUCCUGUUCAUCUUCGUUGGUUCGAUGACGGUGCUGACUGCGCCGUUCGUCUACAUGUUCCUCGAUAACGACAUCCCCUCCGCCAGAUUCCUCACCGAGACCGAGAAGCUCCAGGCGAUCGAGCGCUUGCGCGCAAAUCAGACCGGAACGGGAAGCCGGGAGUUCAAGCUCUGUCAAGUAUGGGAAGCUCUCCUGGAGCCCAAGAGCUGGCUCUUCAUCGGCAUGGCUAUCUGCCUCAACGUUACAGCCGCCGUCACGAACACUUUUGGACCUAUCGUUGUAUCCGGCUUUGGAUUCGACAGUGAGAUUACGUCUCUGUUGAACAUUCCGUUCGGCGCAGUUCAGCUUCUCGUCAUCUUCCCGGCUUCAUGGCUGGCGCACCGCUUCCGCAUCAAGUCAGUCUUCCUGGCCGGCCUAUUAGCACCUGUCUUGGCAGGCGCUGUCAUGUUGUACAUCCUGGAUCGCGACAACAUCCCGCCCCUGUUGGCGGCAUACUACAUGCUCGGAUUCCUCUUCGGUGGCAACCCCCUCAUCGUUUCAUGGAUGAUUUCCAACAUUGCAGGAACCACGAAGAAGUCCGUCGUCAUGUCUUUGUACAACGCUGGGUCUUCUGCUGGUAACAUCAUUGGACCCCUCCUGUUCAACUCCAAGGAUGCUCCGCAGUACAGGCCUGGCCUCACCAAGGUCAUGGGCAUUACGUGUGCCCUCCUUGCGAUCAUCGGCUUGCAGGUCAUCAACCUGUUCAUCUCCAACAAGAUGCAGGCACGCAAGAGAGUAGCAAAUGGAAAGCCGAAGAAGAUUCAGGAUCUCAGUAUGGAGCGUCAUUACGUGGGCGCAACUCAGAAUGAGGAGGAUGGCGCCAACUUGGGAGAGAACGCGUUCCUGGACUUGACGGAUCGCCAGAACGAUGAAUUCGUGUACGUUUACUAA